GCCACUUCGAUCUUGACGGAAUUGGCCAUGCCAGGGGAAGCGACCGGGCCCGCUGCGCACGUGCUAUCGCCGACGUCGUCGUGCAAUGGAUCGAUAGAUGACGACAUUGUGGAUGUGGGAGACGGUGUCGAGCUGGCCCCCGUGCACGACGAUGUCCGCGACGACAUCAUUUGUGACAUCUUCAAUCUGCCGAAAUCCACCAUCUUCUAUCAAGACUUUUCGUGCGCGCUGGUGUCCACGAUCGUCUACCACGGCCGCAUGUACCCCGCGGGCGAUCAAGUGUGCUUUUACUCCAACUUGUUUGGCAAGGAGACAAAGGUCUUGAUCCCGUAUGACUCGAUCGCCGACGUGAGCAAGACGAGCAGCAUGUUUUCUCACGGUCUUCGCAUUCAAACGACGGCGCAAAAGGAGUACUCGUUUUCAUCGUUCUGGGGCAACAACCGUGAUCACUGCGCCGCGAUCAUUGUGGCGUUGCGGCAAAAGUCUCUCGGCAAGUCUUCUUCUCCGUUCUUGUCGAUCGCUCCCCAACGCGCCCCACCGCCACCAACCCAAGGUGCCCCCCCGGUUUCCUUACCGUCGCCACCAUCCGGCCCCAUCUCUUCACCGUCCGACCGGCCCGUUCAAGCAUCGGAGGCAAAUGUGUCGACGGCGGCGACAAGUGCGCCGCCAGCACUGUUGCUGACUCCUGACGAGCAGCAGCAUCCGUUCACGGACGUCGCUCACGACACGUUUUCCGUCUCGAGCGACGAGUUUGUCAAGCUGUUUCUAUCCGACACGGCGAUUUAUGGCAUCGACGAAGCGAAUCGACGCCGAGGCGCGACGGACAUUGUUUGCAGUCCGUGGACAUCAGACCAAGAUGGACGCGGUAGGCGCAUUUGUUGUUCCCCUACCAAGCCAUCACCCAUCUUUAGUGCACUCGCGGACUGUCACUUUCACGCAGCCCGUCGAUGCCCCGAUCGGGCCCAAGAGCUCUCGUGUCGAUGUGAAGCAAUGCCGAUACCACGUCAACGACACGACCAUGCACAUGGACACCACCACCAAACUGGCCGACAUUCCGUACGGCGACUGCUUCAAAGUCGACGAUCGGUUCGUCCUAACGGCAUUGACGCCGUCAUCGUGCGAACUCGUCCUCCAGCUGCGCGUGGUGUUUGUCAAGUCGACGAUGUGGCGCAGCCUGAUCGAGUCGCGCGCCAAGACGGAGUGCAAACAAAAGAGCGUCGAGUGGAUUCGUUUGGCGAAAGCUGCCAUGUCCCCCGAGGGGCUUCCCCCAUGGCCGCCUGGCGCCGCGACCAACAGCGGCGGCGUGCGAGUGCAUUCCCCACGCAGCAAAAAGCCCAAAGGGGCAGGUAAGUCCCCUGUCGCCAAGGACGAGCCCGCGCGCAAGCUGUCCGUCGAGACAACGGGCGUGAUCGCCCUGGAACCGCUGAAACCAACGCGCCAGCGCCUUGGCGGCGGCCGACGACUGGCCUCGAUCGGUAGCUGUUGCGCUUGCAUGGCACGUGUGGACUGAAGUCGUGCCGUGCCUGACUUUUUGUAGUGAUUCCGUGGGCCGUCAUCGUGCUGCUGGGGGUGUACAUUCAAUACAUUCACACGGAGUUGGUCGCGAUGCACGCAGCACUGCGGCAUAUUCAGACGCAGGUCGACGUGUUGGCGGCAGCUUCCAUCCCCAGCCCAAGAUCGCAAUGUCCAGCGCAUUCGCCCCAAGAAUAAUGCCAUUUGGACAUUGCGUGUUGUUACGUUAGCUGGAAGGGCUUGAUGGGCUGCUGGGGGGUUGGCGACGAAAUGCUCUUCGCUUCAUGGCAGCGUGAAGUUGUCCAAUG